GCUCUGUUGACCAACGGAAAUUGAUUAUGUAGAGCUAGGUGGUAUCUGCAAGUUUGAUAUAGAUUUGUGGACCAUUUAAAGCCUGAACACUGUAGGUAACAUGUCUGCCAGCUGUACUUGUCGUUAUUUUAAUUUGUUGGACUGACAUAAUGUGACGACAGUUAAUAAAUUUAGUAUAUUAAAUGCUUUCUGCAUAAAUAAGAGAAGUCGGGGACAAUAUUAAAAUGCGUCAGCUGACGCACGCUGCAUCUAUACCUCCAGUUAUGUGUGCCAGGGACGACUGACGGAUACUGCAUCUAUACCUACAGUUAUGUAUACCAGUGAUGACUAAAGGAUACUGGUGAAGGACUGACGAGAUAAAACAUCCGUUUAAGGAGAAUGCGGGAACGUCGACUUUCCGUGGCGGACAAGGGAUGGUCCUGGGCUGUGAUGGCAGGCUCGUUCGGCGCGCAUAUGGUCUCCGGUUGUUUCCUAUAUGCCGUCGGUGUCAUACAUAACGCCAUCUUAGAAAGAUUUGAUGAGGAAGUGGGUAAAACGGCCUGGGCUGCCGGUUUAUUCCUGGGUAUGUUAUCUCUGACAGGUGUCCUAGCCAGUGCCCUGAUCAACCGGUACAGCUGUCGAGUGACCAUGAUCAUCGGGGCUAUCAUAAUGUCAAGCGGGUUUGCUGUCUGUGCGGUUGUCCCAUCCCUCGACUUGGUCAUCCUCUUCUUUGGAGGAAUUGGGGGCAUUGGGGGAGGUUUGACGUAUUCGGCCUCAGUGGUAGUCCUCGGGUUUAACUUUCACUACAAAAGGAAUAUAGCUAGUGGUAUUGCUGUGUCAGGGUGUGGUGUUGGCGUCUUCGUCCUAGCUCCGGUAGUAGAGGCUGCCCGAGAGGCAUACGGCAACAGAGGAUUCUUCUUCAUCAUAGCCGGCAUCGCUCUGCAUCAUGCCCUGUUUGGAUGUCUAUUCUUUCCAUCUAAACUAGAAUCUGAACGAAAACAAAUUCGGCAUCAAAAGUCCUUAAGCAAAAAAUCUAAAAAUAGAUUUUAUAUUUUAAAAACUAUUUUACAUUCUUUUGCCAUUCUAAAACAGUUGUCAUUGCUUUGUUUUUGUCUAAGCAUGUUUUUUGCAUGUGUCGGAAUUUACCUUGUGUACGUACAUUUCCCCAGGUAUGUAAUAGAGAUGGGUUCGUCACCAUUAAAUGCAUCUUUCCUUAUGGCUAUAGGAGGACUAUGUAAUUGUAUUUCUCGUGUAUUAGUUGGGAUGGCUGCUAAUUCUGAAAGUAUUAAUGAAAAUGUAAUGUAUUUUGGAACAUUUGGCCUGCUAGGUUUAUCGACUUUGCUCUUCCCAUUGUAUGCCUUUACGUAUGGAGGCCAACUCGCCUAUGCAAUAUUCCUUGGAUUGUAUUCCGGAUGUUGCUACUCCAUCAUCAACACACUGAUUAUACAACUUGUCGGUAUAGAGGAAUUAGCCACAGGCUUCGGAAUAUGCAUGUUCUUUUGUGGUAUUGGUUCAAUAAUAGGACCACCCCUUGCAGGUGCAAUCGUCGACAAUGGUGGAUCAUAUGAAAAUUCAUUUAUUCUAGCAGGAUUUUGUAUCACAAUAGCUGCUGUUUUGGGACUGGCGGUAUCAUGUUUCAACAAGACAGGAGAAUCGUUUACUCACGACAAUCAGGAAAUCACUGUAGAUACCAGUGAUGAUAUGCUGGUAGGAAACUGUGACACUGCAAAGAAUGUCUUAGGAGAAUCUUUUAUAGAAAAACCACCGGUUAUUAUUGUCACUACGACUGAUUACGUUAACAGUACGGAAAGUGAGGAAGUAAAUGGAUUUUUACUAGGACAACAAAAGACGUGACAGCAUUUGGUCGUAAAAAAAUCACUAUUGAUAAACCACCUAUGAUGUCAAAUGAAAUAAAUGAAUAUAUCUUCUGCUGUAUUAGUUAAUAUGGUAAAUUUAUUUAUAAAUACUUUUAACAUUCCUCUUCCUAUAAUUUUAUGUCUUCAAAAUUCAAUACAUUCAAUCAAUAUAUCAGGUGUAGCUCAACAUUGCAAUAUAUAUGCCAACAUGUGUAUACUUUUCUUUUUUCAUAUUUGCUGACGUAUGUUAGUUAGUUAAAUUGCCGCAAUGGUGUUUUACCAACGACAUGGAAAUAAUAAUUUAAGUAUUGUUAUAAGAAUGUUGUUUUGUUUAUAUUUGCUAACUGCUUUCAAAUAUGAAAAUGAAUGGAACGUGAUAUUUACCUUCUCGGAAGUACAUUAUAUGAUUUAUAUUAAAGGGUAUUUCGUUAUUGAUAAUAAACGUUAUCUCCCCCUCUAAGGAACAAAAUGUUUGAAGAAAUGCUAGU